CAACAACCAGGCAGACGCGACAGCGACAUCAUUGCCUGCCAUUACACUCCCUUUCGUUUCUACUUUACCGCACACUCCUUGUAUACUGUCGACUGCGCUUUUGAAUACAUUGGAUCGCAAUGGGCGCACCGCCGGGGAGCCAAGUGGCUCCAUUGCCUUCGAACCUACCCUUCCGACUCGUCAGCAAAACAAUAGGGCAGGGCACGUAUGCAUCAAUACGAAAAGCAGUGCCCCACGAUAAGCCCAAACCCGUCAUCGCGAUCAAGUUCAUCAACAAGGAACAUGCGUUCAAGCAGGGCCGCCUCUCGCCGAAGCAGAUCAAGAUGGAAAUAGUCUUGCAUCAACAUCUCGGCAAACAUCAGAACAUCGUACACCUCCUCGGCUCAGGUGAAGAUGCGUUAUGGACAUGGAUAGCUAUGGAGCUCGCAGAUGGCGGCGACCUUUUCGACAAGAUCGAGGCGGAUGAGGGUGUGGGAGAAGACAUCGCACACUUCUACUUCUCACAGUUGAUCAGCGCUGUUAGUUACAUGCACUCGAAAGGCAUUGCGCACCGCGACAUCAAACCUGAGAAUGUACUGCUAAGUGCUGAAGGAGACUUGAAGCUGAGUGACUUUGGACUUGCAGCGCUCUUCAAAAAGGACGGCAAAGCACGGCUAUGCAAUACCGUAUGUGGUUCACCGCCUUAUAUCGCUCCCGAAAUCGUCAGUGGAAGAAGAAGCAAGAGAGCGGACAUGCUGGAUGUUGGCUACCACGCAAACAUUUGCGACAUCUGGAGUUGCGGUGUUGUAUUGUUCGUACUGCUGGUCGGUAACACGCCGUGGGACGAACCCACAAUGCGCAGCGAAGAGUUCAAGGAGUAUGUUGAAACAGACGGACAUACUACAGAUGAACUGUGGCAGUUGGUACCUCCAGAAAUCACGUCGCUGCUCCGGGGGAUGUUGAAACUUGAUCCAGCCUCGCGAUUCACACUCGACGAAGUUCGAAGGCAUCCCUGGUUCAGAAGGCCGAAUGCAUACUUGUCACCAAGUGGAUGCAACGCCAAUCCUGUUGGCAUGGCUACGCAGAUGCUAUCUCAGCUUCGCAUCGACUUCGCUCGCGGGCCUACACAAUCACAGAGAGGCUUUUCACAAGACCCUGACGCUAUGGAUAUCGACACGUCACCGAGACGCUCCAGCGUGAACCCUGCGAACGCUGUCCACCUUCUAUCAUCCACACAACCUGAGACUCCAGCAGGCGAGUCUGUCUUCGACUGGGAACGACCACCUCGCCUAGCUUCACACGAUGGAGUAUCAGCUUCUCAGCCUAUGGGUGGUAACCAACACCCAGUCUACCAGUCCCAGGCGGUCUCUUCGACUCCAUUCACGUCACAGCUCCCACCAUCGACACAAGACAUGCUGUCUCAGGAUCCGGGCAUGGCACAGUUCACCGCAACACCGCAGUUGCCACUUACGCUUACGCAAAUAGCGCGCCGGUUCGCCGAUGUUAUGCCUUCGUACUCGCUCGCACGCUUCAUCUCGCCACAUUCCCUAUCGUUCCUUAUUCCUCUUCUGCUUGAGGCUUUGCACCGACUUGGCGUACCCCCUCCAGCUUUCACUGAAAGCCAGAUUGCGCAGUGUGAGCUGGAUGAGAGUGCAAGUAUCAGAGUGAAGAUGGCCGAUGGGCGGCGGCAGGGUCUGAACGGACACAUCGUCGUCGAGAAGGCGGUAUAUGAUGGCAUGGCGUACAGUGAGGUGAGGUUUGUGAAGGCGAGCGGAGAUCCCCUGGAGUGGAGGAGGUUCUUCAAGAAUGUUGUAAUAUUGGUCGGUGACGUGGUGUUGAGGCCUGGCUAAUAGGCGGCUUGAGUUGGACACAGUGAUAAUAAUGAUACGAACGACAGCUAACGACGUGCAUCUUAGUAUAAC